AAUAAUUGCACGAUGGGCGGCUGGGAUGUCUACUGCGCAAUCUGCGCUUCGAAUUUCAAGAAACGCAUUGUAGCCGACUCUGACGACGAGAGCAAGAACACGUAUAGCGCGGAUGUCAUUGGAGAGAGUGACACAACGUGGCUGGGAAAGGUUCACGGUCUUGGAUUCAAUCGUGAUGCGUCUGGGGAUCGAAAAUCGUUCUUGACAGGGUCGGGCAGGUAUUCGGAUUAUGGGAUAUUAUCUCUCGAACCAGGCGAUGACCCCAAUGUUCCCGCCCACUCCGACGAAGAAAUGAUCGAUUUUGUCGCAUACGACGACCCCGACGGGAACCAACAGCCUGUUUUCCCUGUCCAUGCCACCUGCUAUCAGGACAUCCUGCCGAGGUGUUUUAACGAUACUAAGCAAAAGAUAAACGGCGAUGUACUGUACACUCUCUUCGAGGAGAUCGUGGCAUCCAAUCGCAUGAACAGACUGGAUCUCGACUACGGCGAACCCAAACCCACAAAGGGACAGUACUGGGAGUCGAAGAAAGGCGAAGAGGUCCUGGUGACAAAUCCCGUCCAGAUUCCUCAAUUACCUGAAUAUCUGGGAAAGGCCCAAACCAUCGCUACAAAGACCAAGGAAUCCAAACCGGAGAAUCCCCCAUCAACGGUAGACAUCUUCGACAAGCUCCCGAGCGAACUACGACUUGAAAUCCUGAACCUGCUUCCCACAGCGUCUGCACUGGCCCUGAAAACCGCAUCUUGGACGAUGCUCAAGGCGCCGCUCUCGUGGCGGCAGAAACUAGCAUCUGAUAUGCCCUGGCUUUGGGAGUUUCGCGACCUCGAAGUCGACAUGUGCAGGUCUGGGAAGCUGAAUAGCGAGCUUUCUCAGGUAGUUUCAGAGCUUAACGAGAAGUCGCGAUAUAGCAAAGACCAGACGGGUUAUAUCCCUGGGCUUGUGAACCGCAGGAGGAUCUGGGGCGUUUGCGAGAAUCUCAGGAGCAUGUAUAUGGAUAAGCUGGAGGCCAAGAAGGAUAGCUCAACGCAAUAGGUUUUUCUAUUUUGGAAGUUUAC